GGCAACCUUGACUGACGCCUAACAGGAAGUUCACGGUUACGUUGUUUACCUAAACUUCUGUCCUAUCAUCUGGGAAGGAUGUUUGCUGUAAUUCAGUGCCGUAAAGCUCCAAAUACGCCGUUACGGUGUUAAUCUUUGUUUGCGGCACAAUUACGGAGUCAGAACCAAUCCGUCUGAGGAGAUAUUGAGUUUAAAGCUGGGUGUUUUUGAGAGCUAGCAUGAGUGCUAAGGUCCCACGAGCCGUGUUUGUUUACAAUGAAUCAGCUGAUUAGGGUUCAUUGUUCCUCACGUGAGAUUUCCCAACGAGCUGCUCGUGCACGCUGUUUAGAAUCUUUAUCACAGCUGUUUAGCUGAAUGUGAGGAAGAAGAAGAGGAGGAAAAGGAAGAAGAUGCCGUGCACUUGUGGAAACUGGAGGAGGUGGAUCAGACCUCUGGUGGUGCUUCUCUACAUCCUGCUCCUGCUGGUGGUUCUUCCUCUGUGCAUAUGGGAGCUGCAGAAAUCAGAGGUUGGCACCCACAACAAAGCCUGGUUCAUCGCAGGCAUCUUCGUCUUCAUGACGAUCCCCAUAUCACUUUGGGGGAUACUUCAGCAUCUCGUGCACUACACUCAGCCCGAGCUACAGAAACCUAUAAUCAGGAUAUUAUGGAUGGUUCCGAUAUAUAGCUUGGAUAGCUGGAUUGCCCUGAAGUACCCGAGCAUCGCCAUCUACGUGGACACGUGCAGAGAGUGCUAUGAAGCCUACGUCAUUUACAACUUCAUGAUCUUCCUAAUGAACUACCUGGAGAAGCAGUAUCCCAGCCUGGUGCAGAUGCUGGAGGUGCAGGACCAGCAGAAACACCUGCCCCCGCUUUGCUGCUGCCCGCCCUGGCCCAUGGGAGAGGUGAUGUUGCUGAGAUGUAAGCUGGGUGUUCUGCAGUACACUGUAGUGAGACCCGUCACCACAGUCGUCGCGUUGAUCUGUCAGCUUUGUGGGGUUUACGAUGAAGGCAACUUCAGCUCCAAAAACGCCUGGACCUAUUUAGUGAUCAUGAACAAUCUCUCCCAGCUCUUUGCCAUGUACUGCUUGGUGCUGUUCUACAAGACGUUAAGAGAAGAACUCGGCCCCAUCAAACCGGUGGGCAAAUUCCUGUGCGUCAAACUCGUCGUGUUCGUGUCCUUCUGGCAGGCGGUGCUCAUUGCGUUGCUCGUGAAGGUUGGAGUGAUUUCAGACUCUCACACCUGGGACUGGGACAGCGUGGAGGCUGUGGCCACCGGACUGCAGGACUUUGUCAUCUGUGUGGAGAUGUUUCUGGCAGCCAUUGCUCAUCACUUCAGCUUCACCUACAAGCCGUACAUACAGGAAGCAGAGGAAGGCUCGUGCUUCGACUCUUUCCUGGCCAUGUGGGACAUGUCAGACAUCAGGGCCGACUUCUCUGAGCAAGUGCGCAACGUCGGACGGACGGUUAUGGGCCGCCCCAGGAAGAACUACUUCAGCGGUGACUCUGAGCACGAUGAACACAGAGGGCUGUUGUCCUCCGGCUCUCAGGACGCCGCUGUCACAGAGGCUUCCUCCACUCCUCCGUCUCCAUCAGGACUCUAUCAGGGUCUGGGACACACUCGUCCCCCUCACUCACGCUCGGCCCCUGCCGAACUCUGCUCAACACCCUGGGUGGGAGACGUAGACGACGUAGACGACGUGGACGACAUCACACCCACCGUGCUGUCCGGGGAUCGCCAAACCCAGGCGCACACGCACUACGCUACGAUCACUUAACACACUGUUCACGUUUAUCCCAGUAACUCAUUCACGGAACAGCAGGUUUAAAGGGCACACAGGUCGUGGGGAGGGGUUCGUCUGCCUGUUUCACCAUCAGGUUUUAAUUCUUUUUAAUAAGAAUGCAAUACAUUUUUUUUUGACUAAGCACAUCAUUAAAAUAUAUAUAA